AUGUAUAUUAACGAAGACCCCGUAUUACAUAUCGUAGAUUCAGCUACAAGCUACGGUUCUAAAGGAUUCCUUAAGAAUAUGACUGCAAAACACCUUAUAAAACAACCUACUACUCUAGCUACUAAGAUUAGAUCACGCUUGCGCAAACCGAAAGGCAGUUUAGCAGUUCGCUAUAGCCCUCGUCACCUUUUUGCAAGUAUAAAAGAGUUCAAAGAUUUUGACGAGCAAUUUCUUAAUCACGAGAGUGAUGUUAUUAUAAUAUUCUUUACUCAUAAAGAAAAAGCUGAUAUUGCGCUCUCUACGAAGCUUAAAAACGAAGAAGUUAUCACUACGCUCGGCGAGCAAUUCGUGGAAUCACGCUUCCAAGAGCUAAAAGGCCUAAUAGAAAAGGAGGUAUUUAAAGUUAUAAAAUACAACCUUGCGGUCCACGGAACAAGCCGCAUAUUCAACUCUCGAAUAGUCGAUGAGGUCAAAAGCAAAAAUACUUUCGAACUAUACGAAAAAUCACGCUUUGUUAUUCAAGCUUAG